AUGGUCAUUAUGGCAUACAAAAUUGAGCGAAAUAUCAGCAAACAGGUGAGCAACCGCUACAUCGUCUCGCUGGCCAUCUCGGACCUAAUUAUUGGUAUCGAGGGCUUCCCGUUAUUUACCAUAUAUUUUCUUAAUGGAGAUCGUUGGCCCCUCGGCUCGAUCACCUGCGAGACAUGGCUUUUUCUCGACUACACCCUGUGCCUUGUCUCAAUUUUAACAGUACUUUUAAUAACAGCUGAUAGAUACCUAUCCGUCUGCCACACCGCCAAAUACCUAAAGUGGCAGUCCCCAACCAAGACACAGGUGAUGAUCAUCUUGUCGUGGCUGAUCCCUGCCGUCGUUUUCGGGAUUAUGAUUUACGGGUGGAAGGCGAUGACGGGCGAGGCAGACAGCAUGCGAGGCUAUGAGUGUUCGGCUCCCUUCCUCGCCAACCCGUAUGUCAACAUGGGGAUGUACGUCUCCUACUACUGGACGACGCUUGUGGCGAUGUUAAUAUUAUACAAGGGCAUCCACCAGGCCGCGAAGAAUCUGGAGGACAAGGCCAAGGCAAAGGAACGCCGGCAUAUCGCGUUGAUAUUGAGUCAACGGUUGGGGACGCAGGUCGGCGUCUCCCUGAUGCUCCAACAAGACAAGGAGCGCGAGAAGAAGAUGGAGCUGGAAGGAGCAGAGGCAGACACGAGAGAUAGCGCCUAUGCCACGCAGACGACAGCUAUUCGCCGAAAGCAGACGAAAGCUGAGAAAAGGGCUCACAAGGCGUUCCGUACGAUCACCUUUAUCGUCGGCUGUUUCGCCAUUUUGUGGUCACCGUAUUACGUUAUGGCGACCAUCUACGGGUUCUGCAAGGGAGAGUGCAUACCAUCGCUGCUCUACACCCUCUCCUAUUAUAUGUGCUAUUUGAAUAGCAGCGGUAACCCAUUCGCCUAUGCACUCGCCAACCGGCAAUUCCGAUCAGCGUUUAUGAGAAUGUUGAAGGGCGAUUUCAACCCCAGGCGA